GCCCGCAGGGGGAUAUAUACAGCGGGAGCAGCUCGGGGCAGCAGCAUCUUGGGCUUCAGGUUCGCCCGUGCUAGUGCCAGCCCGGCCAUCCGCACCGAGCCCCCGGCCAAUUUCCCGUCUCGGGGGCUGCCGCAUCCUCUCCAUGGCCAAGCCCAGCCCGAGCCCCAGCUCCUCGGGGGAGCUGCGCGGCCCGCGGACCUGCGACUGUGAGCUGGCCCUGCUGCCGCUGCGCCAGCUGCUGCUGCUGCAGCCCGACUGCUUCCAGCUGCGCGGGGACCAGCUGGCCGUGCUCCGCCCGCCGCGCCACCGGCCUGCUGGCGGCUUCACCGUGCUCAGCGACGGCGCCCUGCACCGCGACGGGCAGCGCCACUGCCGCCUCACCGGCCACUUCCAGAGGGAUGUAGAACUCACCAGCCAUCAUGAUUAUAAAGACUACAGAGAAACUAUACUAAGCAGACCACUAGUAUUCUUCACAAAUGUCAGAACAAAUUGUUCCUCAAAAGUUUCAGAAAAAACAUACGCACUUAUUGUGAACACACGACAUCCUAAGAUAAGAAGACAGAUAGAGCAUGGUAUGAACACAGUAAUAUCCUCAGUGUUCGGAGAAAGUUACAGACUGCGGUUUGAUUUCCAAGAAGUGUCAAGAAUUUUUUUCCCACCAGGAAGCCAUUUAGUUACCAGAGAAGACUUGAGCUUUUCCCUAUGAGUUCAAAUCUGAUGCCCUGUUUGAUUUCUUCUAUUGGUUUGGGACAGCAAAAACACAGUUGCAGUGACUGGGAAAGUUCUGAAUUUUUCCAAUACCACUCCAGAAAGAAGGAAAUAAUCACGAUGUUUCUAGAAAAAAUGAAGUGAACCUUAUGUCCGUUUGAACAGUUUUUCAGACAGAAAUUCAGUGUUACU